GUCAAAAUCUCAUUGCUUGGCCUGGAUUCGGAGAAUGUGUACAUAAAUUUUUAGGAAUUUCAGUCUUAUCCUCCAGCCUCAGAGUCCUUCUGGUCCUGAAGUAAGAUGUGCAGUCCUCGCUGUAAGACUCCAGCAGAAUGUGCUGGUUGUUCGCCAAUGUGCUGCAGUCCGGGUAUUAGCUACUGCAUAUUUGAUUUGGAGAGUGCUGUCUUUGAUACCCGUCACAUCUACCGGAAGGCUCUGAAGGAUCUGGUUCGUAGUUACGACAAGAGGAUACCAGACAUUUUACAUGUCCAAAGUGGGCCAAUGACCAUAUCUGAAAUGUCAGAACUGUUCUGCCGAAAGCUCGACAUUCCCAUGAGUUGGGAAUCGUUUCGGUAUGAUCUUAACGAGAGGACCGCCCAGUUGAUCGCGAAUCCCCCCUUUAUGGAUGGUGUGGAGCGAUUGGUGAGGCAUUUGCGUGGCUGUUGCAUGGAACUGGGCUUGGUCACCUCCUGUUCGGAGGCCAACUACUGCUCCAAGAUCCGUGGUCGGGAGGAGUUCUUCGAGAACUUUUCGACCAUAGUAUGUGCCGAUGAUCCGGAGUAAAGGGCUUUUAAACCGGAACCGGAUGUCUACCUCAUUGCCAUGUCAAGGUUGGGCGAUGCUGGACCCGAUUGUACCCUCGUUUUUGAUGGAACCACCCAGGGAGUUCAGGCCGCAAGUGAUGCCCGACUUCCGGUCAUUAUGUUGGCUGAAAAGGAUCUCCCCUGCUGUUGGUCUGAGUUGGCAGCCCUGCGCUUCGAAUAUCUGGAUGAUUUCGAACCAGAGAUGUUCAAUUUGCCACCCUUUACGGAUCCCGAACCCAAAAGGCGAUCGAGUCGCCGUCGCACGAGAUACAGUCAGAGGUUGACCGUAAUCCGCAGAAGAGCCGCCGAAGCCGCUGCCGAGGAAGAGGAGGCGGAGGAGGAGGAACCGGAACCACCGGAGGAACCACCAGUACUCGCAGAUCCAUCGAUUUUAAAUUUAAGAGAAUAAGCCCCUCAUUUGUUCAGAUAACACUGAAAACAAUUAAAUUCUCAUGUGUUAAAUAU